ACAAGUCACAACCUUAGAAGUGUCGAAGUUUUAAGAAAGAGAGAAACAAUGAAGAUAAAGGUAGUUGUUGAUGUGUCUGUGAAUGGAUGUCAACCUCGACCAAAUUUGAAGAAUUGUAUUUUAGGAUGGUUGAAGCCAAUGGUACCAUGCUUAUUUAAACAAACUACUUGCAAAAAUAAAGUCAUGACUAUAGCAGCAACUUUACCAGGAGUGGAGAAAGUAAGUUUAGAAGAAGAAAAGAACUUGCUGACAGUGAUAGGAGAGGGAAUAGAUGCAGUGGAGCUGAUUAAUAUAAUUAGGAAAAAAGUGGGAUUUGCUAAAAUAGUGAACCAAGGUCCAGAGCCAGUUGAGAAAAAAGAAGAAGAAAAGAAAAAAGAUGAUCCACCAGUGGUUAAUUCAUGUAAUUGUCAUAGUAAUUAUAAUAAUAGGAUAAUUCCAAGGGUUGAAAUGUGGGAAGUUAAUCCUUAUAAUAACUACUCAUGUUUUCCAAUUUGAUGAUGAGACUUCUUUGAGGAAAAAUAAGAAGAAUUAUAGUAUUCUUUUUGUUUCAUUUCAUGUAAUACAAUAUUAUUAUUUGGAGAGUUAAACAAAUUUUCUGUUCAUGGUGUUUCAUUAUCUCAUUAGAAUUAAUUAAUAUGAUAAGGAUUAGUUUCUU